AUGGCAUAUGGUUGUGCAGCUGAUGCAGUUGAUGAAUACCUCCGGCAUGGUGAAAGCACUGCAAUUUCUUGUUUGGAACAUUUUGUAGAAGGAGUUAUAUAUUUGUUUGGAGACGAGUAUCUAAGAAGACCCACCCCAGAAGAUCUUCAACGCCUACUAGAUCAAGGAGAAUAUCGCGGAUUUUCCGGGAUGAUAGGAAGCAUCGAUUGUAUGCAUUGGGAGUGGAAAAAUUGUCCCACUGCUUGGGCCGGACAAUUCACACGAGGAUCUGGAAAACCGACAAUCGUUUUAAAGGCUGUAGCUUCACAAGAUCUUUGGAUAUGGCACGCAUUUUUUGGACCUCCAGGUACCUCAAAUGAUAUUAAUGUUCUUGAUCGUUCACCGGUAUUUGAUGAUAUAUUACAAGGUAAAGCUCCGAAAGUGAAUUACUUUGUCAACGGACGACAGUAUCACUUGGCUUACUACCUCACUGAUGGAAUUUAUCCAAAAUUGGCUACAUUUAUCCAAUCUAUUAACCUUCCAGAAGGUGACAAAGCAUGCUUAUUUGCACAACGUCAAGAAUCUGCUCGUAAAGAUGUCGAGCGUGCUUUUGGAGUCUUGCAAGCUCGGUUUUCCAUUGUCAAAAAUCCAGCUCUGAUGUGGGAUAAGGUGAAAAUAGAAAAGAUUAUGCGAGCAUGUAUAAUACUUCAUAACAUGAUCGUAGAAGACGAACGAGGUGGGUACUCUCUGUAUAAUGUUGAAGAAUUCACACAAGUACAAGCAAACAGAACUUCACAUGUGGAUAUGACGUAUUCUACCGAUAUUCCUUCAAAUCUCACUAAUGUUAUGACCAUCCGUAAUUCAUUGUGUGCUCGAACUACGCAUGAUCAAUUAAAAGAAGAUUUAGUUGAGCAUUUAUGGAAUAAGUUUGGUACAACUCAAGAUUACAAUUAA